UGCCUUUUUUUUCGACGUGGUUCCGCGGAAAUGGCCGGCCUCUUGCCUCGUUAGCUGCAGGACAGACCGUGCGCGAGAAAGCUUCGAGCAGACGUAUAAAGCAUCAAGCCUCGCCCUCGCUCGUCGCCGCAGGAGCCUCUCUGGGGACAAAAGAAACAGGACACGGGGCGCAGACUUGAACAAAACACGAGGAGCAGCACAAGUCUUGACGAGCACACAGCCAUGGCGCCCUUUCGACCGCGCAUCGCCAUUGCUGGCGGCGGGCCCUCGGGCCUGGCGCUGGGCCUGCUGCUGCACCGGCGCGGCAUCCCCGCGACCAUCUACGACCUGCGCGGCCGCAUGGGCGCCGAGGAGCUGGCCAAGCCGUCGGGCAUGCUCGACCUGCACGAGGAGUCGGGCCUGGCGGUGAUGCGCGAGUGCGGCCUCUGGGACAAGUUCCAGGCGGCCGUGGGAGACUGCUCCGAGGCGAUGCGCGUCCUUGACCAGCACGGCACCCUGCUCCACGCCGACGAGGGCGAGCUGGCGUACCGGCCCGAGAUCCCACGCAACGCACUGACGAACCUCCUCGUCGAGCACGUGCCUGCGCAGAGCAUCCGCUGGCACCACAAGAUCCGCGAGGCGUGGAGCGCGCGCAGCGAGGCCACGGGCGCCACCGAGAUCACGCUCGACCUCGGCGCGCACGGCAGGGCGACGUACGACUUUGUCGUGGGUGCCGACGGCGCGUGGUCGCGCGUGCGCCGGCUGCUCACCGACGUCGCGCCCUUCUACAGCGGCAACCAGUUUCUCACGGCGACGCUGCGCCACGCCUCGACACGACACCCGCGCCUCGCCGAGCUCAACGGCACCGGCGUCAUGACGGCCCUCGGCGGCGGCCACGGCAUCCUGGGCCAGCGCGGGACACAGGACUCGAUCCGCGUCUAUGCCGCUGUGCGCACACCCGACGAGAACUGGGCCACAACGGCGGGCCUGGCCGGCAAGACGGCGGCCGAGGCCAAGGCGGUGCUGCUGCGUACUCAAGACGGGCCCUUUCACAGCUGGGCCGCCCCGCUGCAGGAGCUGCUCGCCACGGCGUGCGACGAGGAGACGCGCGACAACCCCGGCUGCGCAGCCGACAUCAAGCCGCUGUACAUGCUCCCCGUCGGCCACACGUGGGACCACAGGCCCGGCGUCACCCUCGUCGGCGACGCAGCGCACCUCAUGACGCCCUGGGCCGGCGAGGGCGUCAACCUGGCCCUGUGGGACGCCCUCGACCUCUCGCGCGCCCUCGCCGCCGUGUCCGUCGAAGCAGCGGCUCCCGACGCGGCGGCGGCCUGGCAGGCGGCGCUGGAGCCGCACGUGCGCGCAUACGAGCAGACGAUGUGGGCGCGCGCACGCGAAAAGGCAGCCGAGACGGCCGCCAACAUGGACCUCUUUCUCAGCGAGCACGGGGCCCAGGCCGUGGCCGACAUGUUCAAGCGCGCAGGCUACGCGUAGGUGUGCAUAAUGGUAAUACCCUUAGUCAUCCUUUACCACAUCCCCCCCUUUCUGCUGCUGUAAUAAUUCUAUGUCAUGCUGUU